AUGACAAAAAAUGGAGUACAAAAUGUUGAAAAUAUUUAGGUCUGGUAGAAAAUUGUAUCAUGAGUUCCACAAAACUGUGGUGCAAAAACGGUCUUUUUUAUCAGAAGCGUACCGGUGCGAGAAUGCAUGGAAAGCUCGUCUGCAAUUUCCGUUACUCCAAAAAUACAAACCGGAGGAUUUAUUUAUAACCUUGGACAAUAAAUUUUUUAUUGAUGGAAAAGUUAGUGCCAUAGACAUAGAUAUAUUUGCAAAUACCAUACGAAGCAAAGAUCAGGUAGAAGAAUUAUUGAGUAUAAUCCAGAAACUACGAAAAAGUGCAGAAACAACAAAUACCUUAGAUUCAACACAUCAUGCUGUCAUAAGAUAUUUAUUUGAUAAUGAUCUUACUGAACAACUUAUGAAUGUGUUACAUGACAGACUUAAAUAUGGUAUUUUUCCCGAUUAUGUGUGUUACAACAUGCUCAUGGAUGCAUAUAUAAAAAAAGAAGAUUAUGCCAGUGCCGUAAAAGUUGCUGUUUUGCCUAUGUUGCAAGAGGAUACUGACAACUUGAUAACUAAUGCACUAUCUAUAUAUGCUUGUCAUAAAUAUUUAGAACAUACAGAUACAUGGCAAAAGCCAUCAGAACCAAUAGAAGAUACUAAAGAAGAAGUAAAAAUACGUGUGAAUUAUCUUAGAAAUCCUUUCUUUGAUGACCAUUUUGAUCUUACUGAUCCAAUUGAUUUAAUUGGAAAAACACUGGCUUUCCAGGGAAAAUUUAUGAAUAAUACACUAGGAAGGACUUGUCAACUGAGAGGUCUAAUAUUAUAUAAAAAAUAUCAAGAUGCAUCAAAGUCAAUAAAACAAUGGUUAAAUGAAUUCAAUGGAGAUAUUGUUUACAAUGAAGUUUUUGACUUAAUUGAAAAUGACAAAGAAAAAGUACAUAAAGAAAAAGCAACAAAUGAAUUUGAACAAUUAAUGUUAGAAGUCAAUGGGUUAAAAGAAAAGAAUUUGUGUAAGGAUAAUUUAAUUGAAGCAUUAGAAAAUAAUGUUAAAUCUGCGGUUGAAAAGCAACACGAUAUAGAUAUAAAUGAUCAGUUGCAGAAAUAUACCGAAUGGGAAAGAAAAAGACAAUUAAUAUUAGAUAAACAGAUAGAGGAAAUGAAUCGAGAGGCCAAACUGCUGGAAAUAAACAAAUUGAAAGAAGAAAUGAAGAAACAAGAACGAUUUUUAACUUUCUUUGAAAAUGAAGAAGAAAUAGAACUACAGAUAGAAGAAAUGGAAGCAAAGGAAAAGGAAAAUAUGGAAAAACUCCUUAGCAAACAUGGCGCUCAAAGGAAACUGAAGAAAUUAGAAGGAGAAAAAGAAUAUAUACCACCAAUGCUUUAAAUUCAGAAAGAGUAAUUUUUGACAUAUUUAUAAUUUUUUAAUAAAUGUGUAUAGUUAAAACCUUAAUAAAUUAAAUACUUUCGAAAACUAUGAAUAAAGGGUUUAUAAUAAUAAAAAACAGUAAAAAUA